AUGUCUUUCACAGUUUUAAUGAUAGCUGAGAAGCCUUCUCUUGCUGAAUCAAUAACGAAGAUUUUAGCUCCUAAUGGUCGGUAUAAUACUCGAAAACAGAUUUCUCCCGUCCAUGAAUAUUCUGCAGAAUUUCGUGGUGCUAUGUGCAAAUUUAAGUUUACUUCGGUCAAAGGACAUGUUUAUAAUUUGGAUUUUACAAGAGAAUUUAAUGACUGGAAUAUUGACCCAAUAGGGUUAUUUACUGCACGAACAUCGAAAGUUGAAGCUUCAAAGUCAGGAAGUCUUUGCCAUCACUUACAACAAGAAUCAAAAGCUGUCGAUUAUGUUAUCCUUUGGUUGGAUUGUGAUAGAGAAGGUGAAAAUAUAUGCUUUGAAGUUAUUAAAAACGUUCGUCAGGGCAUGAAGCAAUUUCCUGAUGGUCAAACCAAGGAUAGUCGGAUUUUACGUGCAAAGUUUUCUGCGAUCACUGCAACUGAUCUUCGUAAAGCAAUGGAUAAUCUGACUUAUCCAAACGAAAAUGAAUCCUUAGCUGUGGAUGCACGUCAGGAAUUGGAUCUCAAAAUUGGAUGUGCCUUUACACGAUUCCAAACUAAAUUUUUUAAUCGAAAGUACGGAAACCUUGAUUCCAAUGUGAUUUCCUAUGGUCCUUGUCAAACUCCUACACUCUCUUUUUGUGUUUCUCGACAUGAUCAAAUUAAAUCGUUUAGUCCAGAAACAUAUUGGACUUUAUCGGUUUCUGUAGCUAAGCAAGGGUCUAAUGGUGAACAAUAUGACCCUGAAAUACAUCUUCAUUGGGAGAGAGUUAAAGUGUUUGAUAAACAUGUUGCAACAAUGUUUCAAAUUAUGGUUAGAGGAUAUAAGGAGGCAAAAGUAGUGUCAAUUACUUCAGAGAAAAAGACAAGAAACAGACCAAAUGCCCUAAACACUGUUGAAUUGCUUAAAUUCGGAUCUUCAAUGCUUGGUAUUGGUCCUCAUGAAACUAUGCGCAUAGCUGAGCAGCUUUAUACUCAAGGAUAUAUUUCUUAUCCACGUACUGAGACUACUUCUUAUCCAAAAAAUUUUGAUAUAAAAUCUGUUUUGAAGGAUCAAUCAGGACAUCCCUCAUGGGGUUUGUAUGCUAAGGAAUUAUUGGAAAAAGGAUUUGAUUGGCCAACAGGAGGCACUGAUGCUGGCAAAACACCUAUGCGAUUAGCAUAUGAGGAUAGUUUAUCUGGAGAUUCUUGGAGAGUUUAUAAUUAUGUAACACGACACUUUCUUGGUUCAAUCAGUCCCAAUUUAAAGUAUCAAAAGACAAAUGUCAGAAUAAAGAUUGGAAUUGAAUAUUUUGAAUGUUCAGAUCAAAUUAUGCAAGAAUUUGAACAGGAUGAAAUUUUAAAGGUUACUGAUGUCAGAUUGGUCGAAGGACAAACAAGUCCUCCUGACUAUCUCACAGAAAGUGAAGUAAUUACUUUGAUGGAAAAACAUGGUAUAGGAACAGAUGCAUCCAUACCCGUUCAUAUUGAUAAUAUAUGCCAACGAAAUUAUGUAACGGGUCCUGCACGUAGAUUGGUUCCCACUAAUUUAGAAAAAAUUGAUCCAGAUCUUUCACUUCCUACAAUGCGAAGCGAUGUUGAAAAACAACUAAAUUAUAUAGCAUCAGGAAAAGCUAAAUACACAGAAGUGUUGGACCAUUCUUUAAACUUGUUCGCUGCAAAGUUUAAAUAUUUUAGAGAUCAUGUUGGGCAAAUGGAUGAGUUGUUUGAAGCAACUUUCUCCACUCUUGCUUCAACUGGAAAAGUACUUGAAAUAUAUUUCGUUAAACCGCUUGAUGAUUUUGGGCUUGUAUCAUUUUCAACUGGCUCUAAGGAGAUUGGUUAUCCAUUAUGCCCGUACUGUUAUAAUCACCCACCUUUUGAAAACAUAAGAAAAGGCAUGGGAUGUAAUCGUUGUCCUCACCCUACAUGUGCACAUUCAUUAGUUAACAAUGAAGUUUGUUCAUGCCACGUGAGUUCAUGUAAAGGUCAAAUGGUCCUAGAUGCAACGUCAGCACCUAGAUGGAAAUUAUCUUGUAAUGAAUGCAAUUUCGUUUCCACAUUUACGGAUAUAGUUAAAGGUGUUUCCAUAUCAAAAGAUGAAUAUUGUGAAAAUGAAGAUUGUAAUUCUUGCAUACUAAAAAUUGAAUUUCGAGAAAAUCAAAAUAAGAAAGCUUUAAAAGGAUGUAUUUUAUGUGAUGACGAAAUAACCGAGUUGUUAGAAAACAAAUUUGCAAAGAAAGGUGUUAAUAGUAGGGGAAGAGGAAGAGGUGGUUAUAGGCGUGGAAAGAGAGGUUUAAGCCGAGGUCGUAGCAGAG